UGCCUUAAGUUGUUGACAGCCUCAUCUUUGGAAUUCUAUCAUGAACGUUUCUGACAACCAGAAAAGAUGGAUAGUCUUCGGGAUUGCUCUAAACAAGGUUCUGGUCGCAAAAAUACGAGCGUUUGUUGAACAAGAGAUUCGGAAGGAGUAUGGAAAUCUUCAAACCAGCCAUAACAUCCAUACUCAGAGCUAUAUAGGGCGACUCCAAAGGCACACAGUGGCUUUAAAGUAUGAGAACAUCAAUGGAAACGACACAUUACCCAGGAAACCUGGUGGAAAGUAUGACUAUCCCACGUUUGACUACCGGGUGACGUCACAUAUUGACUUUGCCAAGCUGUAUGUGGAGAAUCACAUGGCCAAGUUCAACGCAUUCAACGAGCACUGUGAUGCAUCGGCCGUGCUCACGCUACUUGGUAAAGUUCCUGUGUUUCCUGCUGUUGUCCAGACUGUAGCUGGUAAUGUAAGAAAGGCCAGGAAUGCCUGGGCGCACUGUGUGUUCAGUGAGUGGGACCUAGUAGGUUUUCAGCAGAGCUUUGCUGACAUGGAGCAGCUGGUGAAAUCUCUGGGCCUGCCAAGUGCCCAUGAGACUGCUGUCUUAAGAGAACUGAAUGAUUGGCAAAACAAAGGAGCCAUACUGUGUAUGACCGCUACUAUCGACCCUGAUCUGGUAAAGGCUGUUCAGCAAGAUCUCAUUGCUCUGAAGAACGGUGUCGACAACCUUACUUCUAAAGUAGAUGAUAAUGAACAGAAACUACAGAGAGCCCUUCAGGAUGCUGUUACAGCCUUCGAGGAGCUGGCAAGAAGAGUUUCCCAAAUCGAGGAAGAUCAACAAGUCAUGAAGCAGAGUCAAUAUUCCUUGACUGCUGAAUUUAAGCGUACACAAGACAAGUUGAGUCAACUUCAAAAAGAGAAAGAAGACAUGGAAAGACGUGUCACCAAUUUAGAAUAUCAGAAGAGCUCAAGCAACACCAAAAUCAGUUAUGAGAUUGCCAGUUGUGAAGCAGACAUCACCUUUUUCGCUGAGCGUCAUCAUCCAGAUACAAGAAAGUGGUUUUUUGAUGAUUUCUACAGAUGGUUUGAGAACCCAGGAGAGUCCAGAGCGUAUGUACUUCUUGGCGAUGCGGGAGUCGGCAAGAGUGUGAUGGCCGGUGUCCUGGCACAGAAAUAUGCCGCGAAAGGAAGGUUAGCAGCUGCUUUUUUCUGCUUCAACGGAGAUGACACAAGAAACAAUCCCAGGUAUCUUCUAGGGACCAUCGCUUGUCAACUUUGCAAAUGUAAUGCUCAGUACAGUAACUUUGUGGGAGGGGAGGGUGGCAUUAGAAGUUGUUUAGGCAAUUCUGAAAUGGGUAUUCAGGAAUUGUUUACAAAAUUGUUACAAGAGCCAUUAGCCAAAUGCAGUGCCUCUUGCAAGAGAAUGUUGAUCGUUAUUGACGCUCUUGAUGAGACGAAAUAUGAGUCCAGGGAUGAUUUUCUCGAUCUCAUAAUGCACCGUUUUCCCUUGCUUCCACAAUGGCUUGUUUUCUUUAUUACCAGUCGUCCUGAGGACACUGUGCAAGUAAGAUUAAAGGAGUACAAUCCCUGCAUUAAAAUCUGUGCGGGGAACAGCGAAAACCUUAAGUUUUAUCAACAGCACGAACUGGACAUCAGACUAUACUUAGAGAAAAGCGUCGACUUCUCCCGUCUACCCUAUUCGGCGGAAGACGUAGCAAAAAAGUGCAACGGAUUGUUUUUGUUCGCUUACUACAUUGAGAGAGUUCUCAAGGAUCAACUGUAUUCUGGUAAGAUAAGUCAGCUCACUGAUCUUUUCCCAGGAGAUAUCGGGGAGUUUUUUCGGCAUAAUUUCACGAGAAUUUUUCGCAAAGUAGGCGCAGAUUUGUACAAGAAGUUGUUUGGUUGUGCCAUAGCCGCUCCCUCGCCCCUUCCUGUCUCGUUUAUCUCGUACAUUUUACAAAGAGAAAAUUCUGAUCUCGAUGAGCAAGAAGUAAUUGAUGCCUUUUCGACAUUUUUGGUUGUAAGGACUUCCGAUCAGACUUUCGCCUUUCUACACAGUUUGAUCCCUUCGUGGUUGACCGACAAGAAGAAAGCCUCAGCGAGACUAUUUGUUGAUAGGAAUAAGGGAGGUAGGUACUUAAGGGAUAUCAUCUCUGAAGUUCUCUCAGCCGCUAUUGCGAAUCAACAGGGGGAAUGUCCUUCUUCCAUGGAAAGAGAUGUACUUGAGUACUGUGAUCAAAUCGGCGUCCGUCUUUUGUGUGAUUAUUGCGACAAUGAUUCGCUGAAGGUCGUUUUCAGUUACUUGGCAAAUUACCAAGUUAUUGCGAGGAGAUUAAAAAAGAAGGGCAUCGAGAUAUAUUCUAUUAUUGGUGAUGUGAAGUGUGCAAUGGGUCAAUACGGGUUUGCCAAUGAAAAGAAGGAAAUUCUUAAGGAAAUAUGCCUAUUUCUUGAGAGCAACGUCCACGUUCUCUUGCAAAGUCCGCACCUUCUACAUUGCUGCUUACAAGAGGCUUCUAAAACUGUCCAAGAAAACCUUGUUUCUCCAGACAGUAUCGGGGCUACUAAGAUAGAGCACAGUUGGCUUCCUUUUGGAGCCGGUGAAAUUCCAAAAGAAAUUGUCUGCUUUGCUUUGUCUCCUGAUAAGAAGCUAAUUGCUGGAGCAAGUGGAAAGUCCCUAUACUUGUUUGAUGCUUGCACGCUCAAGCAAGUGCAAGGCCCUUUUGCAGUCACAGAAAUGGGAGAUUCUAUUCAUCAUUUAAAGUUUUCGCCAGAAGGUGAGUUUUUAUUUUUUGGAAGGCUUGACAAAUGGUUCUCCGUCAAGAAAGGUUGGGUAGAGAAAAUUUUCCAGUUUGCAUUUACUAGCAGGAAGGUUUGCCGCAGACUGGGGUCUUUCCUUAAAAAUCCUCCGUCUAUUGAAGUACAAGGUAGUCAUCCUUCAAAUGAAAUUCAUACUGGGUUCUGCCUGGUAGACAUAUUUUGUUCGUGGGCCACCUAUGAGCUCCGACAGAGGCAUAAAGUAUGUCGGGAUUCAGUUUCUUUUUUUCACCGUAAGCGACAGGCCUUACCGGGGAUUCAAGUUUUGUAUGAUCUUCUUCAUUCCAAUCCAACACAUAAAAAAUUUUUAGGCAAAUUGCAAGAUGAGUUUGAUUUUGUCACAGUGCGGAACCAAAACUGUUUUGAAUUCGAGCAAAGGAAUGAGGAAAAAACCCUUGAACUUGUUCGUCAGCGUGUCCUCGACCUUUACCCUCAGAUAUUCGAGUUUCAAGUUUGGAAUGUAGAAAGUGGAAGACCUGUACUGGAGGAAGCGUUUUUCAAGCACGGGGAUCAUUUCUUCCUGUACCAUGUGAGCGCUGCCGUUAUGUCCAAAAAACACAUGGAAAGGUUGUUUUUUGCUAUUGCUCACGACGAAGUUAAAUUGCGUAAAGCAUGUGAGACAGGAAAGAGAGUUAUCAUCGCGCAUCCGUGUUAUGUCAUCUACGACGUCGAACACUGCGCCUUUUUGGAAGACAGUAACGCUCUUCUCUAUUACACCAGUGCACAAUCGCUGCAGAUCAUGUAUCUUGAAACUGACAUCAAACUGAGGAGCGUCACCGGACGCAGCCCAUUCUUCCACCCAUCUAAAAAACAAAUUGUAUAUUGGUUUGUUGAGCAACAUAGCGAAACAUUCAAUUUCCUGAGAGAUGUUCCAAAGGAUCUGAGACAGUUCCUUUCGCUUCUAACUCUCGAGGGAGUUGUUAAUGGUACAUUCAUUUCAGCUGCCACUGUUUUUUCCCUCUUACCUGAGUUUUGUGAAACAGUUGGUGAAGAGGACAUUGGUCCCUCUGUCCCUGUAAAGAGUGUUGUAUUUUCUCAAAGUGGCGGUCUAAUUGCCUGUCAUCUGGGACCUAAACUUUACAUCUGUAAUAUUUUUGAUGAUGCGUUCUCUCAUUUAUUGUGUGAAGACCAGUGUGAAUGCGAUAGUUGUCAUUUAACAUUUUCACCUGACAGCACUUUACUUCUUCAUUAUAUCCAGAACAGCAAUGAUAAUCCACGCUUCCAGGUGUGGAAUGUUCAUAGCAGGGCUCUUUUGGUGACAUUCGACUUCCCAGCUGUCGAAUCACUGCUUCCACCUUUAGAUUGCUGUUGUCUUUCAUCAGACAACACGAAAUUAAUUGUAUGUGGCGGAUUCAUUAUUGAGAUCUGGGAAUAUGAUGCAUCAGCUUGUCGCCUGAUAACAAGGAUAGAAAACCCUGUGUUUAUCUCAAAGUAUAGCGAGUUCACCCACUGUACAGUUUCGCCAGAAACUAAUUUGCUAGCCUGUUGCAUUACAGACAGAAUUGCCCUUUGCCCGAUGAACACACCUACAGAUCAGUCUAUUCGGUUACUACCUCCUGCCCACUUAGGGAAAAUCGAAUUUUGUCAGUUUGUGAAAGGGGGUCGUUACCUGAUUUCUUAUGGUGUUGAUGGUAACGUGUUCCUGUGGGACUUGAACAGGUGUGAAGCUAUUGCAUUUGCAAAAUUGUGUCAAGGAAGGGAAAGUAUCAAAAGGCUGUGCAGAUCUUGUGAGGCAGACAAAUUCUUCUUCUUGACUUCUUCUGGUCGAUUCGGUGUAUUAACCCUCUGCGGACUGGAGCACUCGAUACUGCCAAAAUUGCCAACGCUAGAAGUGCAAAGCGGAGAAAUGAUGUUAGAGGAAAGUUGUGGGCAACAAAGGGAACAACAUGGACCAACACUUCCAACUCAUGCCACUGACGACCUAAAUGUUGAUGAAGUUCUAGAAGAAAUGGACUUUAUGUGCGACAGUGAAGGUAACAGUGAAAGCAGUGAUGAUUGUGAUGACAUGGAAAUGCUUGGUUGA